GCCAGGGCUACUGCCAUGUUCCAUCAGGAGCUCAGAAGCGCCCGCACCGCCUGACACCGACAGUCCGAGGAGCCUCCACCUUCCACCGGCCUCGCCUCUCCGCUGGAUGUCCUCACGGGGAACUGCUCCCUCAUGCUUUCUGACUCCUCGCGUCGUUUUCAUGGGUGAACGUCUUCGUUUGUUGUAGAAAUCCUCGGUGCAACUCGUGUUUGGUCAAGAUGCAGCUCCGCACGGUCCUGGACGUGAAUGUUGUGGAUGUGCAGAAGAGAAGGAACCCAUCCAAACAUUAUGUGUACCUCAUCAACGUCACUUACUCCGACACCACUUCCCAUGUCAUCUACAGGAGAUACAGCAAAUUCUUUGAACUGCAGAUGCGAAUCCUCGACAAGUUCCCGAUCGAGGGAGGACAGAAGGACCCCAAAAAGAGGAUUAUUCCCUUUUUGCCAGGUAAAGUCUUGUUUCGCCGAAGUCACAUCCGAGAUGUGGCCGUCAAAAGACUGAAGCACCUUGAUAAUUACUGCAAAGCUCUGAUGAAGCUUCCCUCCAACCUUUCCCAAAGUGAUGAGGUCCUGACGUUCUUUGAGACCACAUCUGACGACCUCAACCCUCCACCAGAAGACUGUGGAAGUUCUGGGAAACGUAAAUCAGGUCUGGAUGCUUCGGACCCCAUGCUCCUGGAACAGUACGUGGUGGUGGCCAAUUACGAGAAACAAGAGCCGGCAGAAAUCGGCCUUCAAGCUGGGGAGGUGGUCGAUGUCAUUGAAAAGAGUGAGAGCGGUUGGUGGUUUGUCAGCACCGCAGAGGAGCAGGGUUGGGUCCCUGCCACCUAUCUCAACUCCCACAGUGGCACACGGGACGACUUGGAGCUCGGCGCCUCUAAAGCUGGAGAAGUUACUAAGCGACACAAGGCUCAUCUGAAGAGGCUGGACCGGAGAUGGACGCUGGGGGGGGUCAUCAGCAGGCAGCAGAGCCGAGAAGAGAAGUACUUAACAGUGCAGCCCUAUUCCAGCGAAGGCAAGGAUGAAAUCGCUUUUGAGAAAGGAGUGAUUGUGGAGGUGAUUCAGAAGAACCUGGAAGGCUGGUGGUUUAUCAGGUACAAGGACAAAGAGGGCUGGGCUCCGGCUUCUUAUCUGAAGAAGGCGAAGGAUGAUUUCUCUCCCCGCAAGAAGACCGUCACGGGCCCGGUGGAGAUAAUUGGAAACAUCAUGGAGAUCAGUAACCUGCUUAACAAGAAACCCUCCGGAGACAAGGACGCACAGACUGAAGGUGUCCCAGAGAGCCCCCAGGUGGCCAGGAAGGAGAUCAGCUUGCCAAUGCCCUGCGCCGACUCCAGCCCAGUUAGUUCCCCACAGGAAGGAACAAGUAAAGCAGAGCCUGCUUCACCAGCGAUAGCUCGCAUCGCCCCUCAGCGGGUGGAAAUUGGUUCCCCAGUUCUCCGGCAAAAACCUCCUCCUCGAAGAGAUGCAACCCUGGGAUUCCAGUUGCCCUCCCCACCAGAGCCUCCUACAGUUGAAGCAGAGUAUUACACCAUUGCAGAUUUUCAGUCCUGUAUAUCUGAUGGUAUCACAUUCAAUGGAGGACAGAAAGCAGAUGUCAUUGAGAAGAACUCUGGUGGCUGGUGGUACGUCCAGAUAGGAGAGAAGGAGGGCUGGGCUCCCUGCUCCUACAUUGAUAAACGCAAAAAGCCCAAUCUGAAUCGCAGAACGAGCACCCUGUGCCGCCCUAAGGUUCCACCCCCAGCUCCGCCUGUCAAGAAACAAGACUCAGCAGAGACCGCACCUCCCAGCAGCCCCGGGUCUGAAGCUCCAGAGUCGCCCUCGUCUCCUGGAAGGCCCGCGUAUGAGGAGCCAGAGUACGAUGUCCCCGCCAUCGGUGAUCUGGACCUGGAGUCUGACUUUGAGUUUUUGAGAGGAGUGGGUUCCUUGGUGGAUGCAAAGAAUGAGGACACUUCCUCUGAGAAGGGAUCCCAUCUCUCCUCCAAGCCCUCUCCUGCCUCAUCGCUGCACAGCGCCUCCUUCAGGAUGGGGGAGUCAUUUGAAGACGGCCACGAGGCCGAGGCAGACGGAGAGGAGGAGUGCAUCUACGAGAACGAAGGCUUCCGACCUUUCAGAGAAACCCCGGAGCGCCAGUGCAGCAAAGACUCCAAUUCCUCCAAGACAAGUGUCUUUUCAGAAACCGGCAAGACGGCAAACCCGACUUCAGGUGGAUGGAGACGUGCAGGGAACAGGCUCAAGAUCGACUUGAAUGGGAGUCCAUUUUCGACCAAGGCUGAGGAGGCACCCAGUCCAAAAUCUGCCUCCACUGAGUCCACCCCAGAUCUGUCCAGACCUAAGAAAGACCAAGAGGACAGCAAACCAUCCUCUCCCACCAAGUCCUCCACCAAACUGAAGCCAGUGGUGAGGCCGAAACCACAACUAUCCAAGGCCUCCAGUGCUGAGAAGAUGGACAUCAGCACCUUGAGAAGACAGCUGCGGCCAACAGGGCAGCUGAAGAACGGCACCAAAACUAAGGGGGAGGACUCUGAGACGGCUUCGGUCAUCUCCUCUGAGGACUCCUUCUCUUCUCAGAGCACAUCCGAUCUUUCCUCCAUCUACUCUAAAGGCAGCCGCGGAGACUCUGACCUGGAAGGCUGCAGCCUGUACCGCACCACAGACCCCUACGAGAAAGUCCAGGAGACUGAGGUCAGCUUCCCCGCUGGAGUCGAGGUGGAAGUGGUGGAGAAGCAGGAGAGUGGCUGGUGGUAUAUCCGCUGGGGAGAUGCAGAGGGCUGGGCUCCAACUUACUUCCUGGAGCCCGUCAGGCAACAAGAUGACACUGUGGGGUCUGAAUCUGAUGGCACCCCGUCUAAACCUGGAAGCCUCAGCAAGUCCAACAGCCUGGAGAAGAACGAACAGAGGGUGCAGGCGUUGAACAACAUCAACCAAAACCUGAAGAAGGUCACCCCUCCCAUCCCCUCCAAGCCGCCGGGUGGCCUCUUCAGACCCACCGGCCUGUUUGGUUCGCGAAAGCAGAACAACACCAAACAGCAGCAGGUUGUGAGACCUCAGUCUGUCUUCAUAUCGGCCCCGAUCAGGGAUGGACCCAGCCCUUCUGGCUCCCUCAGGAGAAACGAAUCCCUCAACUCCACGGACCACCCUCGUGCCAGCCCCACGGUGCGACGCAACGCCUCCUUUGGCACGGUCCCGCGCAGCCUGGGGUCAAACAACAUAGCAUUACCCAUCAGGAACAGAUCUGCUAACGGUAGCUCCGAAUCCCUCGGCCUCAGCGCUCCGAAGAAUGCCCUCCCUGUAUCCACGGUGAGGCCCAAGCCUCACAUCAUCCACAAUAACCUCAGAGAGGUUUAUGUCUCCAUAGCAGAUUACCAUGGGGACGAGGAGACCAUGGGAUUUCCCGAGGGGACGAGUCUGGAGGUCCUGGAUAGGAACCCCAAUGGAUGGUGGUACUGCAAGAUUCUGGACAAGAGCCAGCCAAGGAAAGGAUGGGUUCCCUCAAAUUACCUCGAGAAAAAGCCCUAGCGCUCAUUGCGGAGCUGGCUGAACUCUCAACAUUCGUGUAAAGACUACUCAGAGAGACGCAUUUAUUUUGUGAAAAGGGCUUUAAGUAAGGAUGGAGAUCUUACCCGGUACUUUUGCCAAAAUGAGCAGCCAGAUCAAAUUGUGACUUAAAAUGAGUCAACGUGAGACAGAUGCCUGAGACGUUGCAUCAGCGGCAGUAUAAUGGGACUUGGCGACACAGACGAGGAGAACAACAGAAAACAGAAGAUAUCGACUAAGUGCUAUUCUUCAGCAGUUUAACUUUAACUUGAAAUAAGAUGCCAUUUUGUGUCCACUCCUUGAAACUCUUUCUCUGUAAGUUUAUAAUGUAUUUUUUUUUAACUUUUUAAGCAUUAAAAGCUUAUUGCAUGUUUGAAAUGAUUCAUUAUACUGACGAUGCCUUGAGCUGUUUUUCUCCUCCUUCCUUUUCAUAAAAUCUCAGUUUUUGCCAAAGCUGCUUAGUCUCAUUUUGGUGCUCUCUGUUUGCAUGUUUUUUUAUAUCGCUUUAUACUGUAUGUCACCUUUAUGUGAAAUAUUUUAUCCAUUUAAUUGUUUAAUAUUGUCCUAAUGAAACAUUUCGUGAGCAUCUCAGAUUUUCACAUCCUUUUUCUUAAAUUGGAAAAAAAAAUCCUCAAAUCUCCCUCGAAACUUCAUAUCCUUAAAAUGUCUUUUUUAUACACAUUUUUAUCCAAAAUUGAACUUUCCCCUCACAUCCUUGAAAAUCAUAUUUAUUCAUUACCUAAAUAUUGUAUUAUUACUUAUUCUAUUUUAUUGUAUUUUUUACUGAUUUAAAAAAAAUCACAACAGUUAAAACAUUUCUCAGAACUGCUCUAUUAAUCCGAAAUAACAUUUUGAAUUUCUGCUGGGCAGUAAAUUUGACACAACUCUGGCGGUGCUCACUUUUGUUUUAUGUUAACUGUGUGACCAGUGAUAGCUGAAGUGCCAAAAAGAAAGAAUUUAAUAAAUGCACUUUUGAACAAUUA